GUGUUUUCUUACUACAAACUGGAGCUCAUGAGUAGAGUGAAGCGGUGACAAGAACAAACAACAAACUACUUCACAGUCUACACACAGCAUCUUGUAUCUGAGCUGAAGCAGACAUCGUGGAAAUGGAAAACAUUCAGGAGCUGAUCCCGUUUGCCAAAGAAAUGCUAAGUCAGAAACCCAGCCGAGGUCUGCUGAAGGUCUACUUGGUGGGCUCGGUGUUUGCUGUGCUGGGGACAGUCAUCGGGCUGGUUGAGACGGUGUGUUACCCCUUCCUCGUCAGUCAGCCAGUGGAUGCAGAGAUGGAACUCAUGUUAGCCAGGGAGCAGAGAACUGCUGAAUUUGAGACACAGUGCUCCUUGGGAGACCAGGGCAAUGAAAAGGAGGAGGAGGAGGAGGAGGAGGAAGAAUUUGCUCAUGAAAAUGGGGACAAGGCCCAGAGCACGAGUGUCUCCAAAGCUCACAGACUCAGCCAGCGAAGUCUCACCAACCGACUGCACGCUUCUUAAAACAACCCCAAGUGACUCAAGAUAUUUAUAAGGAGACUGCUCCUGCCACACCACUGAGGUGUGCAACUUGCACACGAUCUAAAGCUUAAUAGAGGAAUGAAUGAAAAGUGCAUGAGCUGCCAUUCUGUGCGUUUCUUUGUAUGCUUUUAUGUAUUGGGCACACAUGAAAGGACCCAAUGACUUGGAGGAGUUUAGACAUUUUGAAAGGUCGAUCAUGACAACAUGGACAUCGUGUUGAUCACAUAUUAAAUGGGAUAGGUGAAGUGGUGGGACAAUGGUUUUGUGGAACAUGAAAAAUAUUCCUGUUGGAAAAUGAAUAAAUGCAUGUAGUAGAAGGUGGAUAUUCAUGCCUUGAGUAAACUUCCUGUAUCAAGCAGCAGCCUGUAAAAGUUAGUAGUCAAAGUUACAAGAUAUGAAAAGUUUGAAUGAGCACACAAACCAAAUUUAAACACAAAGUUUGGUUUCUAAAAGAAAAAAAUGCAUAGUUAGGAUUGCAUGGAGUACCUGAAGUGGUAUGUAGAGUCUGCUGUUGAGUUUGUCUGGCUGCAGUAAGCUGCUGUGUAGCACCACCUGUUGUCAGGUAGAUGUAUCUGAGCUGCCACUCCACCUACAUACUGGGUUAAAAAAGAAUGGAGGAUUUAUUGUAAAUAUUGUGUUAUGUUCAAACAAUGUAAAUAUACCAUUUUUCCAUAAAAAGUUUGUUUUAUUUAUUAAACCUGGUGUCGCCUGUUUUGACUCCUUUAAGCACCACAUAUCAUGCAGGUAUAGCUUGAACCAACACAGACCACUUAAAUGUUGGAAUAAACCUGCUAGACACCAGG